UAUACAACAAAGAUGGCGUCUCCCGGCGGCCAAGCGUUGACUGUUACACACGUGGAGAAAAAGAAGAAGCCUCCCGCUCGUUACUGGGAGGAUCCUCCUCCUCCGCAGCAGCAAGAGGGGAAAGAUGAAAACAAAGUGAGGAAAGACGGAGAGCAGACCGAGCGACAGACACCGAAAGCAAAGAAAAGAAAAGAAAAUGAAGAUCAAGGAGAUGGAAAACAAUUUAUAUCAGGGAAAUCGGAUCGUUUCCCCGGGCCUGCUCCUAUUCCAGAGGACAGGCUACAGAAGUUCAAGAGGAAAGAGAAAAUGAAGAAGCCUCGCCGCCAGCAUUACAAGCUGCAGGACAUGAUCGCUCGCUCGGAAGAAAACUCCGAAAUGAGCCAGAAGCAAGCGGCUCGUCUGGACCUCCUGCUCCCAGAGGAUGCUGGGUUCCUAGAAGGCGAUGAAGACGAGGACACCUGUACGAUCUCUCAGGAGGACAUCGCCGAGUCUGUCGACAUAACAGCCAAGACGAAGCAUUUUGAUCUGAAACUGUCUCAGUUUGGACCAUAUCGAGUGGAUUACAGCAAGACUGGCCGUCAAGUGCUGCUCGGCGGGCGCAGGGGCCACGUGGCGUGCAUCGACUGGCAGUCCAAAGAGCUCACGUGCGAGAUCAACGUGAUGGAGACCGUCAAUGACGUGAAGUGGCUCCACAGCGAGGCCAUGUAUGCCGUGGCUCAGAAGAAGUGGCUGCACAUCUACGACGCCAAAGGAAUCGAGCUGCACUGCAUCCGCAAGUUCAACGACGUCCUCCGCAUGCAGUUCCUCCCCUACCACUUCCUGCUCGCCACAGCGAGCGCGACCAGUUUCCUGCAGUACCUGGAUGUGUCCGUGGGGAAGGAGGUGGCCGCCAUCUGCACCAAGACGGGCCGGCUGGACGUGAUGUGCCAGAACCCCCACAACGCCGUCAUCCACCUGGGCCACGCCAACGGCACGGUGACCCUCUGGACGCCCAAUCAGAAAGAGGCCCUCGUCAAGAUGCUGUGUCACCACGGCGGCGUGCGCUCCAUCGCUGUGGACAAGACGGGAACAUACAUGGUGACAUCUGGAAUGGAUAAGAAGCUGAAGGUGUACGACAUUAGGACCUUCAAGCCCCUCAAGUCCUACUUCUUGCCCGCUGGAGCUUCCUGUUUGUCCCUGAGCCAGAGGGGACUGCUGUCUGCGGCCACGGGCGACAUUGUUCAGGUGUACAGAGACGUGUGGAGCGCCCCGGUGACGAAGCCCUACAUGGCUCACAGGGUUCAAAAGACUGUGUGGGGGACGCACUUCUGCCCCUUCGAGGACGUCCUCGGGGUGGGGCACGGAGACGGCUUCACCAGCAUGCUCGUCCCAGGUGCGGGAGAGCCGAACAUCGACGGCCUGGAUGCAAAUCCGUACCGCAGUGCGAAGCAGAGACAGGAGUGGGAGGUCAAGGCGCUGCUGGAGAAGGUCCAGCCAGAGCUCAUCAGCCUGGACCCCACCGAGCUGGGGAUGGUGGACCGCGCCGCCGCCGAUGUGAAGCACCAGGACCGGGUCCAAGCUCUGGGAUUCGACCCACUUGCUACAGAGAAAUUUGUUCCCAAGUAUAAGAAAAAGGGUCGCAGUUCGUCCGGCAAUGUUGAAAGGCGCAAGAGACAAGUCGCUCAUGAGGACCAGAGGGAUGAUAUCCGGAAAACUGCGGAGGACCGAGUGAAGAUUGAAAAAGAGAGGAAGAAGAAGGAGACGAAGGAGGCGGUGUUAUCGAGCCAGAAGUCUGCUCUGGACAGAUUCAAAAAGUAGACGAGGAGAACCCUUUGUGCGGCCCGAAAAGGCCCCGUGACAUCCUGUGGGCUUUGAACUUCAUUAUAAAGGACACACACAUGUUUUCAGACAUGUCUCUCCACCGAGGGAACGAGAGACGCUGAUAUUCUCAGACUGUUGGUGAAGACUCGUUCCAGUGGCGCUACAUGGUCUGUGAUCGAUGUUUGAGUGCAUUGAGUGAGCAAUUCUGCUUUUAAUGCCUGCAGCGCUUCCUGUCGUCACGGCGAUGCGAGGAAGUGAUCCAGAGUUGGUGUUGAGUUGUUUCUUUUUCCCUCUGCUGAUAAACAAACACACUUUUUACAAAUGUU